AUGUCAAACUCAAGAGAUGUCCCUGGACGGAAGCCUUCCCUCCUCGGGAUCGGCGACCUGGCAACUUCUCUGGCGUCAUCGUUCAUGCCGGGCUCUCCUCUGGCCCAAGAGAUCGUGGCAAGGGAUGUUGCGGAAUGCUCUGAUGAGGACGACGAGGACAUCAAUGUCGAUACUACCUUUGACUCUGACGACUCGGACGCUGAAUCUUAUCCUGGUCACGACGGCGGCGGCCACCAUGGAGGUCCCACACUGUACCGCCAACCGCAGGGCAUCGCGUUCGGUGGCACUCGCCGCCCCAGCGUACUGCCGGAAGUAAUGGAGGCCCCAGUGGUCACCAGGGUCGAGAAGAAGCAGUCCCGAGCCGCGGAGCGCAGCCUGCUUAGGGACAACCAUAUUCUUCCUCCCAAGCACGUGCCCGAGAAGCGGCCGGGACUCCCUACCAGGGUCUACAAGAAAUUGUUUAGCACGAAAGUACGCAAGCCGCUCGACGACGAAGAGAUGCCGACAGAGGAGUCGCCCCUGUUACCAGAUCGUCGCACGUCGGGGGCUCUGGAGCAUGAGCGCCUCAACGAGACGUGGGAGGCCGCCGUGGCGUCUGGGAAGAUCCAAACGACGUGGCAGAGGGAAGCCCAGACAAUUGCCAAAUACUCUAGGUCUUUAAUCGUGACGUUCCUGUUGCAAUAUAGUAUCAGCAUUGCGAGUGUAUUUGCUGUUGGGCGUAUUGGUACAGUUGAGUUGGGAGCCGUCAGCUUGGCUACCAUGACGGCAAACAUCACCUGCUAUGCCCCCUUUCAAGGGCUCGCUACGAGCCUAGACACACUGUGCUCACAGGCCUACGGCUCUGGCCAUAAGCAACUGGUUGGACUACAAGUGCAAAGGAUGGUCUACUUCCUAGCCACCCUCCUGGUUCCGGUCGCCAUUCUGUGGUCUUUUGCCGGAGAUAUUCUGGUUCGUCUGGUUCCGGAACCAGAAGCCGCUGAGCUCGCCGGCGUCUACCUCAAGAUAGUGCUCGCUGGAGUUCCCGGCUUUAUCUGCACAGAGUGCGGAAAGCGCUUCGUCAACGCCCAGGGUCUGUUCCAAGCGACGACGUGGGUCCUGAUCAUAGCUGCACCUUUCAAUGUUCUUAUCAGCUACCUAUUUGUAUGGCACUUUGGCUGGGGUUUCAUCGGUGCCCCCAUUGCAGUGGCUGUCUCGCAAAACUUGAUCCCUUUACUUCUAUUUCUCUAUGUUGUGUUCAUUGAUGGAUCGCAGUGCUGGGGAGGAUUCAGCAAGAAAGCACUCAUGAAUUGGGGCCCCAUGGUGAAGCUUGCCCUUCCAGGAAUGGUCAUGGUUGUAGCCGAAUGGCUAGCAUUCGAGGUUCUGACCCUCGCGAGCAGCCAGUUCGGCACCAAGUACCUGGCGGCGCAAUCCAUCCUCAUGACACUGACGUCGACGACAUUCCAGCUGCCCUUCCCCAUCUCCAUCGCCGCGUCGACCCGUGUCGCCAACCUCAUCGGCGCCAAGCUGGCCAACGCCGCCAGGACCUCCGCCAAGGUUGCGGUGUUCGCCGCGGGCGGCGUGGCCAUCUUCAAUGUCAUUCUCCUGUCCAGCCUGAGAUAUGAGCUGCCGAAACUGCUGACCACGGACGAGGAAGUCAUCGACCUCGUGGCCCAGAUGAUGUUCCUCGUGGCGGUGAUGCAGAUCUUCGAUGCCAUGGCAGCCAUGGCGCACGGUCUCCUGCGCGGUAUUGGAAAGCAGCAUUUCGGUGGGUAUGCCAACUUGUUCGCAUACUACGCCAUCGCGCUGCCUAUCUCGUUCGGGACGGCGUUUGGGCUGGACUGGAAGCUGGAGGGUCUGUGGGCUGGCGUCACAUUGGGCUUGUUCCUCGUCGCCGCUGUCGAGUACUGGUACAUCUACACGAGCGAUUGGGAACAGUCCGUCAGGGAGGCGGAGCACAGAAACGCUGCAGGCUGA